UCACGGCAUACAUGGAUGAAGCUGCACGUGGGCACUGGUCUGAUGGCGAGACCGCGGGCGUCCACAGCGACGUUCGCCAUGCACUCUCGAUGUUGCAACAUUUCCAGCACGGCCGCCUCUGAGGCCGCCGUCUGUCGGUCAUUAAAAACCCACAUCCAUCAGGACCAUCUCGUCUUCGAGGCCCCGAUGGGAGAGCCGCCGAUGCCCAGCGAUGGCGCCGCGUCCGACCGAUGCGGCGGCGCCGGCUGCUGCCUCCGACGACGUUGCCGCCGCCGGUGCGCGCGAUGGUGGUGCCUCCGACGAUGCGCCGCCGCACGAUGGCGCCGCCGCCGAUGCGCACGAUGGUGGCGCCGCCACCGAUGAUGCGCACGAUGGCGGUGCCGCUGCCGAUAGUGUUGCCUCCGAUGCGCCGCGCGACGAUGGCGCCGCCGCCGAUGCGCGCGAUGGCGCCGCCGCCGAUGCGCGCGACGACGGCGCCGCCGCCGAUGCGCCGGAUAUGAUGCCGAAGAACUGGCUGCAUCCGACGACAGUGCCGCAUCCGACGACGAUGGUGCCGCCAGCACUUGGGCGUCCAGACGCUGGCCGCCAAGGCACGGCAGCCGCCGCGCCUCCGCCAGCGCCACCACCAUCAUCCUCGAAAAGCUCAUAGAGCAGGCUCUCGAAGAGUGGCGGGCUCGGAGGCAGGUCCUCUGCCAGCAGCUCGGGGCGCUCCCGGCGCACCAUGAUGCCGCCAGCACAUUUGAACGCCCUGUCUUGAG